AUUGGGAAACUGAGUUGAUUUGCUAUAGUCUGACGCCAAUCUCGUUUCCGGGUCAAAAAAUAAAAAACAUUAUUAAAUUGAAAGUAUUUUCCAUUUGUGUCCCCUCCGAGUUAUUUGUAUACAAUAUAAUAUAUUUUGGUGCAUUGAAUUAUGAUUUUAAAUUUUUUAAUUUGAAGAUGUGUUGCUUUUCCCUCCAAAUAAAUACGCAGCAGCGUUACUCUUCAACCUCAUUCAACGAGGAGGAGCAAGGGAUAACAUCUCGUUCUAACAAAUGGUCGGUGCUAAGGAAAUCGUUAUAAAUUUGGAAAGCUAUAUUGCAUUUUUUUAAGAAAAACUCGACAUAUUGCGAGCAGGCUGAUUAAGUACGAUAAUUUUAAUCAACAUUUUUAAGCGGGUGUUGACCUUUCACCCACAUUUUCUGGUAGUACCGUUGCGUGUUUGUUAGUUAGGCUAACUAAGGCCCUAUCUGCAACAUGAGCUAUGGUAGGCCCCCGCCCGAUGUUGAGGGCAUGACUUCUCUUAAAGUGGAUAAUCUGACGUACCGAACCUCACCUGAGACCCUUCGCCGUGUCUUUGAAAAGUAUGGUAGGGUAGGAGAUGUUUACAUCCCCCGAGAUCGUUAUACGAAAGAGAGCAGAGGGUUCUCCUUUGUGCGAUUCCAUGACAAGCGGGACGCAGAGGAUGCGAUGGACGCAAUGGAUGGUGCCGUGCUGGACGGACGCGAGCUAAGAGUCCAGAUGGCCCGUUACGGACGUCCCCCAGAUUCUCAUCAUGGAGGCGGUGGUGACCGUGGAGAUCGUGGAGACCGUCGGCGUGGAGGUGCACCCCGGAGUCCGAGGCGUCGGAGACGCAGCAGAUCCCGGAGCAGAAGCCGAUCUCGUUCCCGGAGCCGCUCCCGCAACAGCCGAUCAAGGUCUCGUUCCUACUCUCGCUCCAAAUCUCGCUCCCCCAAGAGAGACAAGGCCAAGUCCCCGUCCAGGUCCCGCUCCAGAUCCAAGUCUCCCAAGUCAAAGUCCCGUUCCAGGAGCCACACCCCUGCGGAAAGAGCCUCAAGAUCAAGAUCCAAGAGCCAGCCCAAGUCACCUGGGGAGAAUGGAGCUGAAACCCCAUAGAUGACUGACAAAAUGAUGAGAUGCCAAUGAGGACAUCACACUUCAGACUGAGGACCCUGUCCAUACAAUGAUUUCUGUGUAAAAGGUUAUUAUUGUAUCUUGAUCUGAAGGCUGUUUAUUUUUAUUUUUAUUUUUUUUCGUUUGCCCAGACUGCUUGUCUUUCAUUGUGCAAUGUUUAAAAAUAAAAUCUAUGCUUAAUGUGCUUUUGAGGUAAAUGGGCUAAAACUGCUGGGAUUUCAAUUUGUUGGGCUGCACGGCUAUUUGUCAUAGUGAAGAUUUGAUGGCCUAGCUUUUACAACUUAUUUUGGGUUUCAUGAAGACAGUUGUUAUAGGGUUGGCUGUUAGAAGUUCAAAUGGAUAGGGCUUUUAGAAUAAGUAUGCAAAGAACCAGGCAUGGAUUUACUUGCAGGUCAACUUUGCUAUGUAGCUUUGUUUCAUUUCAUUGUGACUCUAAUCUUCUCUCCUGUAUUUUUUGUGCACUAGGCGCAGUUGUGUAGCAGUUGAGUAUUGCUGGUUAGCUGUUAAGGUGGCGUGUUGCAGUGCUUGGCUGUUUCCAGUGUUCUCCGGAAUGCCCCUGUGGCUACAAUGCUGUGAUGGUGGCCAACUUAAAUGAUUGCUACAAAUUCACCAUCGGUAGAAUGCCUGUCUUUCAACAAGUUUAAAUGUUCUUUUAUUCAGAGCACUAAGUAUGGUGUGCUAAUUUUGUUUAAUGCAUUCUGUCUUGCCCUUUGUGCAUUCCUUUCCCCCCUUGCAAGAGUCUGUAUAGGUGUCCAAUGUGAAAGCUAAUAAAAAUUGUCUUC